AUGUCGUCGCAGAUUUUGACGAUCCUUCUCAUCCUAUCUGUUGUCGCGAUCCACAACCUCCCUGUCGUGACUUGUAAACAAUGGUGCGUGGCGUUGCCUAGUUCCUCAGCAGAGCAGUUACAAGCCAACAUUAACUUCGGUUGCACCCAAAUCAAUUGCGGACCGAUCCAACCCGAUGGAAGUUGCUUUUACCCUAUUACUUUACUAGACCAUGCAUCGUAUGUCAUGAACGCUUAUUACCAGAGUCGUGGUCGCACCGAUGAUGCUUGUGGCUUCCAAGGUUCCGGUUAUGUGAUUUAUAGCGACCCAAGUGCUGGCUCAUGUGUCUACUAA